AUGUUAAACGGAUAUGCGGAAAAUACUGAAAAUUCAAAUUUGUUACCUGGGAUUGAUGAAGUGAAUGAGAAAGAUGGGAAAAACAAAUUUUACGAUGCUUUAUUUCCUCAAAUGUCACUAGAUAAAAUUAUUGUAUGGAUUAGUUUUUUCCAAAUAUUAAUUUAUAUACUGAGUUGCUUAUUAAGUGAAAACUUAACAGUUCCUAAUGUAGACGUCUUGAUGUUCCUUGGAGCUACAUAUGGGCCAUCUAUCAAGCAAGGAGAAUUAUGGAGACUACUAUUUCCUAUAUUUUUGCACGCCAAUUGGUGGCAUUUAAUUAUAAAUAUAAUAUGUAUUUUAAAUUUGGGGUUAGUAAUUGAGACUAAAUAUAAGAAAAAGCGUUUUUUAUUAAUAUAUUUUUUAUCUGGAUUUAUUGGAAAUACAUUAACAACAAUAUGUAAUCCUUGCCAAUUGGCAGUUGGAGCAUCAACUAGUGGAUUUGGAUUAAUUGGAUGUUCUAUUAUGGAAAUAUUUUUAGCUUGGAAAAAUUUAUCGAAGAAAGCACAAAAUUAUUAUAUGUUUAAUAUAUCUAUUUUUUUAGUAUUUUUUUUAUUUGUAAGUUUUUCCCCAACUGUUGAUUUUUUUGGUCAUAUAGGAGGAUUUGUGUGUGGAGCUUUUUUGGCAUGUCAUUACAACAAAUUUUUGGGAUACGACAUUUUUCAGGAAUGUCUACAUUAUGGAUUUGCGUCGAUUUGUGCUUUAAUUAUUUUUUAUUUACCAUUUCGCCUAUUCGUUUUGAAUAUGCCAUGUGAAUUUGUUUAG